AUGGCUGGCAGGCCACUGCCCCCAGGACGCCAGGAGGAGGAGGCUUCCAAAGAUGCCGGACUCAAACUGUCCACAGCAAGGCCCCCAGGCCGCCUGCCCAGCAUUGAUGAAGCCCGUCCAGCGGGUCCCGGCCCUGCCUCCCGCCGAGGCUCGGUGCUGGGCCCGGUUGCCUCCUUUUCCCGCCGCAACUCGCUGGCUGGGCCAGGUCUAGGAGUUGGAGGUCGGCGACCAUCCCUGGGCCCGGUGCCUCCUCUCAGCUCCCGGAUCAGCUUCUCGGGGUUGCCCCUGGCACCGGUCCGCCGGGUGGCACCCUCAUACCGCAUGGAGCCAGCGCCGGGGGAGCGCUGGGAGGCUGCCCGAGCUCAGCGUGCCCUGGAAGCGGCACUGGCUUGGGGCCUGCGAGAUGCCUGCUACUUGGGCACCGAGGCUGGGCAACUGGCCCGGGAACUCUGCGAGCAGGUGCAUGUUCGCCUGCGGGAGCUCAGCCCGCCACGCUACAAGCUGGUAUGCAGUGUAGUGCUGGGGCCACGUGGGGGUCAAGGGGUGCAUGUGGUCAGCCGUGCACUCUGGGACGCCGCCAACGAUGGGCUAGUCUCUGCCUCCUUCACCAACACCUCACUCUUCGCCGUGGCCAUUGUGCACGGGCUCUACUGUGAGUGAGCAGGACUUGGACUUCUGCAAAAACGUUUUUAUUAUCCAUCCCAGGAGGAGGCCCUUCCUGGGGCUCACAUCCCAAUAAAUAAAUGUCU